AUGUUGGACGCCAUGAUUUGAGAAGGAUUUAGGUGUCGACACGGUUCCUAGACCGGCAGGUUUAGCCAUUUAGGUGCACCAAAACUCGCGAGGUCAGGCGGCAACAACUCUCGAGUCUCACCUAAAAGGACGAUCCUUUUACCACAAGCGAUCGGCACCAUGCAGUGCCACUUCCAGUGCACUGACCUGCCGCACACCAUGCGAACUAUUUGAUCGCGCGUGCAGCACUGCUCGAGCAACCACCGGGCCCAGCAAACCUCCUGGACACCGACGUCGUCUGAUCGGGGCAGUUCGAAUUCAAGAUGGCCGGGAGCACGCCGCCGCGGAAGGGGCGGAGCACGGCCGGCGCCCUAGGCGAUGGCCUGGAGGAGGCGUGGCUGGUGGCGGAGGCGCCGGCCAAGAAGGCCAAGUGGGGCGUCACCGUCAGCUUCGGCCUCCGCGGCCACUUCAACUCGUUCGUGCUGCUGCUGCUCGUGCUGUUCGUCGUCUUCGCCGUCUCGAUCACCACCAGGAACGACGACGGCAACGGCGGCCACGAGCGGCGGGAGGCGGCGGCGACGACGACCGUACCGCCGACGCCUGCCGAUGACCCCGGCGCCGCCGGCGACGACGGCGGGCAGGGUGAUGAUCUGGUGGGCGAAUGCGACAUGUCGUCCGGCCGGUGGGUGUACGACGACGUGUCCUACCCGCUGUACAAGGAGAGCGCGUGCAAGUUCAUGUCGGAUCAGUCGGCGUGCGGCAGGUUCGGGAGGACGGACCUCAAGUACCAGCACUGGCGAUGGCAGCCGCACGGCUGCGACCUUCCCAGGUUCGACGCGGUGAGGCUGCUCCGGCGGCUGCGCAACAAGCGGCUGGCGUUCGUCGGCGACUCGCUGAACCGGAACCAGUGGAUAUCCAUGGUGUGCCUCAUCGACACCGCCACCCCGACGCUGCACAAGUCCAUGGCCGGCGGCAACACCUCGCUCGUCUCCUUCAGGAUCCAUGAGUACAACGCGUCGGUGGAUUUCUACUGGUCGCCGCUGCUGGUAGAGUCCAACUCCGACCACCCGGUGCAUCACCGGGUCGCCGACCGCGUCGUGCGCGCCGGCUCCAUCGCCGGGCACGCCAGGCACUGGGCCGACGCCGACGUGCUCGUCUUCAACUCCUACCUAUGGUGGCGCCGCCAGACCAUGAAAGUCCUGUGGGGAUCGUUUGAAGCGGCGACGGCGGCGGAGGCGGCGGCGGAGGGCGAGCACAGGGCGGCGUACGAGGUGACGGACAGCCUGCGCGCGUUCGAGCUGGCGAUCAGGACGUGGUCCGAGUGGCUCGAGCUCCACGUCGACCGCGCCCGCACCCAGUUCUUCUUCACGAGCAUAUCGCCGACGCACCUCUACUCCGACGAGUGGGAGGCCGGGAGCGGCGGCAACCACCAGUGCUACAACGAGACGGAGCCGAUCCUGACGGAGGCGCACCGCGGGCGGGACACGGACCCGGCGUUCGCGCGCGCGGUGGAGGCGGAGGUGGCGCGGCUGGGGGACCGCGGCGUGGCGGUGCGGGUGCUCAACGUGACGCAGCUGUCGGAGCACCGGAAGGACGCGCACCCGUCGGUGCACCGGCGCCAGUGGAGCCCGCCCACGGCGGCGGAGAUGGAGGCGCGGGCGCGCGACCCCAGCAGCGCCGCCGACUGCAUCCACUGGUGCCUCCCCGGCGUGCCCGACGUCUGGAACCAGAUGCUCUACGCGCACAUCGUGUCAUCGUCGUGACCAUCGAAGUGGUGCGUGGUAGGAUGAUUUUUGCCGAGCGAGCCGAAGUGAUGUAACUGAGAAAAAGGAGCUUUUUACCAGAGACGACA